AUGUCAGGUCUGGACGUAGAGGCGCUUCUUGACGCCACCGCAAAAAGCUCAACCGAGAGCAAGCCCAAAGCCAACGACGUGGAGGAUCGCCCCAAUGGAGACCGCUCCGAGCGCAAAGAGCGCGAUCGUGGCCGUGAUGGAAGUCGAGAUCGCGACUACGACCGCCGACGUCGAGACCGCGAUCGCCGCGACCGUAGUUCAACCCGAAGCCGACGUGGCACCCCAGAUGACUACAAGGCAUCCACCCCUCGAAGCGACGCUGGCAGCCAUAAGAGUAGGCGGAGAAGCAGAAGCCGCGAUGAUGACCGCCGUCACUCACGUCGUCACAGAGGAGAUGGCGAUUACUACAGAGGCGGGCGAAGACAUUCUCGGUCCCGUUCUCGCUCACCCCACCGCUCUUACCGCUCGUCGCGCGACGACCGUGACUACCGCGAGCGCCGCGAUCGCUCUGACCGCUACUCUGGGGAAAGCCGACGGGCAAGGGACGAAGAUCGUAAUGAAAAUUCCAAGCGUGAGGCAACACCACAACUUACUGAAGAUGAACGGGAUCGCCGCACUGUUUUUGUCCAGCAGCUCGCCGCUCGUCUUCGCACUCGCGACCUGAAAGCGUUUUUCGAAAAGGUCGGCCCUGUCAACGAGGCCCAGAUUGUGAAGGACCGUAUUAGCCAGAGAUCCAAGGGAGUUGGUUAUGUUGAAUUCAAGAACGAGGAAUCUGUCACUCAAGCUCUUCAACUUACCGGGCAGAAGCUGUUAGGUAUCCCUAUCAUUGUCCAGCUUACAGAGGCCGAGAAGAACCGACAGGUUCGCAAUUCCGAAACUGCCACCGGCGCCCAUCCGAACUCGAUCCCAUUUCACCGGUUGUAUGUUGGCAACAUUCACUUCAACGUUACCGAACAGGAUUUGCAGGCUGUUUUUGAACCCUUUGGCGAACUUGAAUUCGUCCAGCUCCAGAAAGAUGACAACGGUCGCAGCCGAGGCUAUGGUUUCGUACAGUACCGUGAAGCAAGCCAAGCCAGAGAGGCCCUUGAGAAGAUGAAUGGGUUCGAUCUUGCCGGUCGCCCAAUCCGUGUUGGCCUCGGAAACGAUAAGUUCACCCCUGAGAGCACUGCCAACAUGUUGCAGAGAUUUCCUGGCCAGAACCAAGCGUAUCAAGGAUCUGCAUUUUCGGGCGCGGGUGGCCGCGGCCCGCAGACUUCGGCUUUUGACCGUGCGGGUGGUCGAGAUAGCGAAAAGUCGGGCGGUGCAAGUGCCUUGGACGAUACCGAUGUUGCUGGAGUCAAUUUUAACAACUACAGCCGUGAUGCCCUGAUGAGAAAACUUGCCAGGACUGAUGAAGCUUCGAAUGGAGCAGAUGAGCGACAGGUUCUGAAGCCCAAGACCGAGACCAAGCCGUUACCGGUAAACGUCAACAUGGCCAGUCGAUGCGUUGUUCUUCACAACAUGUUCGAUCCCGAAGAGGAAGAGGGCGACGACUGGGCCAAGGAGUUGGAAGACGAUGUACGACAAGAAGCAGAGAAGAAAUACGGCCGCGUCGUCCAUAUUGCUGUUGACCCCAAUUCGAAGGGUGAUAUUUACCUCAAAUUCGAUAAGGUUCAAGGUGGCGAGAACGCCAUCCGGGGACUCAACGGUCGCUAUUUCGGAGGCAGGAUGAUCGACGCGUCACCUGUUGUAGAUGCCGUCUACAGCAGUUUGUUCUCUCGUACACGAGCGAUCUGA